AUGUGCUUUAUACCUAUUCAGGCAGAAGAAGCCAAGAAGUUGAAGCUGAUGUUGAGAAGAAAGAAGGCUGAAAACAUUCGUUUAUUAGAAAUCGAGAAGAGACAAAUGCAGCGCGUGGAGGAAAUGAGAGAAACUCAAAAGAAGGAUGUGCAGAAUACGAACUUGAAGGAACAGAUGCGAUUUGAAGUUUGGAAGGAACUCAGUAAGGUUGAAAUGACAUGCCAUGAUAUGGCUUCAUUGUUGUGUGGAUUAGAAAUCACUGUUGGUGAUGGUACUAGUAAUGAGGUUCGCGUUGCUUACAGAAAAGCAUUGCUGAAAUUUCACCCAGAUAGAUCUUCACAAUCUGAUCUACGACAGCAAGUUGAAGCUGAGGAGACGUUUAAGCUUAUUUCUCGAAUGAAGGACAAAUACUUACCAACUUUAUGACAACGAGAUAGGAAAAUCUAGUUACCCCUAUCUUGUGAAAGGUAGACAGACUGUUUCCGAUAGAAUGAAUCUGAAUCUAAUACAACAUAAGUAUAUAUUUUCACAAGAGACAUAUUUCAUAAAGUUAAACAAUUUACUUGCAUAAGCACAAAAUAUUAUACAAAUGUAGCAUUAUUGAUUUCAUAGUUAAAUAAUAGCUAGGACCAGUACACCAAUAUUUAUUCCAUAUUAUCAUGACAUACACAGAUUGAGACUUCUCACUUGUAAUUUCUUUUUUAUAAGAUGGAAUUAUUGUAGCAUGAUAUGAUCCAUUGUAACGUUAUUCGACACCCAAACUUUCAUGGGCCAUAAAGUCUAUUCAUUGAGGUCUUUGUCAAAGAGUAAAAACAAGAAUGGUGGUUUGAAAAUGCUAUUGAUGAAGCCAAAACCAGUAUCUGUAUUUGUUUUGUCUUUUAA